ACUAGAGCGAGGCCCAGGCAGCCUAGCGACUCACACGAUGGAGAAAGGUCCUCUCCUUUUUGAAUACCACCGCUGAGCCGUGGUUGGGCUCUCUUGGAUGCUGAUCCACCGUACCUUCCUGAGCGCAGGGGCUGCUUCUCCUGUGCCUGGUGUAUGGAACACUGACUUCGUUUUAUCACCGUGGAAACGCCAAGACCUCAGAAAGAUUGGAGAGCUUUCCAGAGAGAAACAGAAGAAGGGGAGAGGCUGUCUGCUCUGGAAGAUAACUUAAGAAAUGGCAACGACAGAAGAGCAGGGUGACACAUUUUCGGACUCAGAGGGGUCAGAAUGUCAACUCACACCCCCGUGGAAGGCACCGAGGCAGGACACCCCAGGCCCGAAAACUCACUGGAAUCUCACAGGGGAUGCAGGACAGUUGGGGGUCUCUGAAGAGCCUCUGUGUGUGAAGGCCCCUCAACUGCAGCACAGUCUACACUUCUGGGGUCUCCCCUCCCUGCACAGCGAGUCCAUCUUGGCCAAUCUCCUGGUGCCCCUAAAACCUCACCUUGUGUUGUUCAACGGGGUCUGUAAGGCUGGCCCAGCCCCAGUACUGGACCACGGAUCUCCAGCCCUUCCCCAGCCCCUCCCGGUGUCCCUCACCUUUGUACAUCCUCAGCCACAGACUGUCCCUUUCUCUCCUGUCCAUCCUCAGGCUCCUAUGCAAUCUCCACUCUCUCCCAUGCAAUCAUCUGUGCCCCAUGGAAGUCCUCAUCGAACACCGCAGACCAGGACUGUCUCUGAAGUCUUAAGCGGAAGUGGACAUCUUCAAUACCAUUUGUUGCAGAAUCAUCCAGCUAACUUAUGGCACGUGGUCCCUGAAUGUCAGUAUGAACAUGUCUUUGGUCUUCUAGUUCCCAGCUUUCCCUCGGUCAGACAGCCUUCACAGGCCUAUGUCUCCAUCCCCAGGACUGGCCAUUUUCAUUUCAACAGUGAACCUCAGAACAACUUGGAGCCCUAUGGACCACACAGCCCCAUCCCAUCAUGGCGCUAUAAGCCCUGUAUUAGGACAGGCGUCCCGGAAGUGGUGAACCCUCAGUCCAAGCCAACAGGAACAUCUCCCCAUGGCUGCAGAUGUGCUAAACCUCAACGCUCCGUACACUGGAGCCACAACUGCAGCUACAUCAGGACAGGAGAACUGAGCCAGUCAGAGAGUUUCUGUGAGCAGGCCUCAAUGCAGCCUCAGCUGAGAAAGGAUGUAGCCAAGAAUCUCGGCCAAAUCCUAGGAAGGUGCCCCCUAGACAACCCACAAGUGAUCUCGGAGUGUUAUGUCCUGAACAAUCUCAGUGCUGUACCCAAGACAGAGCAGAAUCAUGAGUGCCACUCCAGGACUGGCUCAAAACAUCAGCGGCUCAUCAUCUUAAGGAAGUGUGUGGACCGAAGGCAAAUGAGAAGCCUUCUUAGGUCACACAUGAACAGAAAGCUCUGGCAGAUCACAAUGGGUCGGAUCCCACUCCAGGUGUGCUGCUCAUGGCUGGCUGAAGAUUUGCCUCCCUGGAACGCACUAAGAAAUGUUUCCUGCAAUACCACGAUUCCCAGCAUACCUUUUCUCAAUGACAAGACACAGAAGGUGCUAGAAACCCAUCUUAUCAGGUUCCGAAUGAGUCAGAAGUGGGACCUCCCUCUCAAAGUCAUUGAAUCCAUAAAGUGCUAUAUGUUGAGAGAAGCCAAAACAUGGCCCCUUCCUCAGUCUGAUUGCCCCUCCCCUUCCAACAGUACUUCUGAGCUGGAUUUGAAAAAUACCUCUCCCACUCCCCUCAGAGGAAGCUCUAACCUUUUUCAUGAAGACAAGAUAGAAAGAAACUCAGCAAACUCAGCCUUCAUCAUAGACCUCCUCCCCCUCUCCAUCCCACAUGCAGACGGGGAAGGAGGGGAGCCCCUCAGACAAUCACACUCCAGCCCUGCUUAUGAGGUUACAGACACGGUCCAGACAGCCGAGGGAGACAGAUCCAGCAAUGUGGACAACACAAGUCGGGACGACGGUGAACCACACAGUAGACCUAGACAGGAGCCGCCCGUGAAGGACCAAGUGGCUGAGUCUGAAUCGAAGAAUGAAAUGGCAGGCUCUUCUUCUCACCCAGAAAUCCCCAAAGGCGACCAGAAGGUGGAGAGGAACCCAAUGUACAAGAGAACACGGAGCAUGCUCAGCGAGAUCCUCAGGGCCCCGGAGGUGAGCGCACUCCUGUCGGGGUCUGCUUCUAGCGGCAAGUUCAUAAGCUCCACAGAGGGGGAUGCAGACAGGAAUAAAGUAGCCUCCAGUCUGGCCACAGAGCACAACCCAUCAAGGGCGCAACUUCCUGAAGAUCCGGUAGUGCUAGACGUUCAGAGGCUGUUGGUUAGGGAACUGAAGCUGAAGUUGGAGAAUCAGUCCCAGAGCCUGACUGUAAGCUCUGAAAGCAAUGUGUCCUUAACCUCGGCCAGUCUGACUGGCUACUCGCCAUCUUCUUCCGACAGUAUGAACAGUGUGGACGUCUCGGUUUCCAGGGACUUCCAUGCCCACCCACAUAACCCAGGGAUCAGUUUGGAUCUAUGGCAGAAGCCCAGGGCCUUCAAACAUAUAUUAAGGAAUUUAACACCAGCUGAGAACAGACUGGCCUCACCAGUACCCCGAGGAGAAAACAGUAGCAGUGAGACCCCAGGGUUAGAGACAUCCAAAGCAGGAAGGAAGAGCCAACCGGUUAAAGGAAAAUCAGACCACAAGCCACAUCCUCCCGAAGGUUACUUCAGAAAAAAGAUAGGACAAUUCUUCCAGUGGCUUCAUUCCAGCAAAGACAGCACAAGACAAAGAUCAGAGAAAGACAGGGCUCUCUCUAUGAGCUACGGAGCCCCAGAAGCCCACGAGCUCAUGGCGUCCCUCGGGAAGCUCCUGGAGGAUAAGCUCUUGUGUGGGCAGAAAUCAGAAUUCUUGGAGUGGGCCCAGAAGAAGCGGCUACAGGCUCCGCUCAAGCCCACCAAGGGACAGCCUUGCACCCAUGGGGUUGCUUCUGCCCACCAUGGGGCAGGGGAAAGUAGCUGCUACUGUCCUCAGACAGACCUCUCUUCAGGUCCAAGUCAGACACUCGGUCUUAAACGGAGACAUCCUCAUGUAUCUUUUGAGCAGCAGUCACAAUUCUUGAGUUAUACACCUUCCCCGGAGGCCAGGGAUCCCUAGUCCCAGGUAAGCCCUGCGUGCAUGAAGAUGUGUCCUGUGCCCCCCCCCCACCAUCCUCACAUCUGCUAAAGGUGGUGUCCCAACUCUUCCUCAGAAAUGGAACAUGUGAGGGAAAAGUUUCGGCAACAGAACCCAGUCUUUGUUUAAAAAAUUAAAAUAUUUUCAGAGCAAAACACUGUGAUGAGAAUAAUCUAUUUACCAAAACUUCUGAGAGUUUUUUGGGCCUCCUUGCCACAUGCCUAGGGAGAAUGGCUCUAUUAAAAUGGAUGUCUAGUUCUUGUAGGGUGCUCGACAGUGGUCUUUCAGCUUCAUUCUGGAACUUUUGGUUUCACUGGUUUAUCAAACAUGUACUUAA